ACACAAGAAUGGCGGGAACACAUAGAAUCACCGUCCACAAACCACAAGCCCAAAACCCCACACUCUCCUCCAAACUCCAAUAAACAAAACAUUUACAUUACAUUAUAGAAUAGAAUAUAGAUACACCGAUUAUGUAUGUAUAUGCAUAUGUUUUCAUCCAUUAUUAAUCACCGAAUUCCAUUCUUACAAAUAAACCCUAAAUUCAUAAUUUCCAAUUUCUACAAAAUGUCAUCAUCAGCAGCAACAAUCAUAGCAGAAUAUGCAAAAUCAGGCAAAUCGUCAUGCAAAAAAUGCUCCGAAAAGAUCGAUUCCAAGUCUUUGAGAUUAGGUUUGAAGUUUAAGGACCCGAGAGGUUUUGAUAACACCAAAUGGCAUCAUCUCAACUGCUUUUUCGCUCUGGAUUCCGAUGUUUCGGUUUCCGGUGUCGAUUCCAUUGAAGGAUUUCAAGAGUUAACGGGAAGUGAUCAAGAUAAGUUGAAGCAGAUGGUGAGUGAAGCGGAUCAAGUACCUACUAAGAGAGAAGCGGAUGAUGAGACUGAGUCAGACAGAGGGGUUUUAAAGAAACUAAAGACUGAUGAAGAUAAGAAAAUUGUGCAGGAAAAAAAGAAUGUAACGAAUGAAAAGAUUAUUGUAGAGUAUGCAAAGUCAGGAAGAUCUUCUUGCAAAAAGUGCUCUGAGAAGAUUGAAUCCAAAUCUUUAAGAUUGGGAUUUAGUAGUUGGGACCCACGAGGGUUUGAAAACACCAAAUGGCAUCACUUAGACUGCUUCUUUCCUCUAGAUGCAGACCUGGUUUCAGCAGAUUCAAUCGAAGGUUUUUCAGAACUGAAGAUCAGCGAUCAGGAAAAGUUGAAGUCAUUGUUGUCCGAUGGGGGUCAAUUUUCUAAGGAGAUAUCUGGUACACAUGAUGAGGUCAUUGGAUCAGAGAUAGUAUUUGAAGUUGGUGAUGUCAAGGACAAUUACAAGGGGGCUACAUUGCAGCCGAAAUGGAAGGCAUUCCAGACCAUAAUAUAUCUUGAACGUGAUGACGGCCUGCACGAUUCAAAAAAAAUUGCUGCCUUUGAUUUUGAUGGAUGUCUUGCUAAAACAUCAGUUCAAAGAGUAGGAGCAAGUGCUUGGUCUCUAAUGUAUGCUUCAAUACCAAAGAAGUUGCAGAGUCUGUACAAUGAUGGCUACAAACUGGUUAUCUUCACAAAUGAGUCUAACAUUGAGCGCUGGAAGAACAAGAGGCAGGUAGCCGUGGAUUCCAAAAUUGGUAGGCUGGACAGUUUCAUCAAGCUCGUGAAGGUCCCAAUUCAGGUUUAUAUUGCAUGUGGUGUAAGUAAAGGUCAAGAACAGGACCCUUUUCGCAAGCCACAACCUGGAAUGUGGCGCAUAAUGGAACAACAAUUUAACUCUGGAAUUCCAGUCGAUAUGGAUCAGUCAUUUUAUGUUGGUGACGCUGCUGGAAGAAAAGAUGACCAUAGUGAAGCUGACAAGAAGUUUGCAGAGAAUAUUGGAUUGAAGUUUUACCUUCCAGAAGAAUACUUUGAAACAUGAAGUUGAUACUUUGUUAGGAUCUCAUCACAAGCCUACACUUAUUCCUUUUGAUUCGCUCUCACAUGCAUGGAGAGACCCAACAUUAAGUAGAGACUUGUAACCUAUGAAAUUUGUGGUUGUUACACUUCUUAGUUCUAAAUAUAAACAAACUUGCUUAUUCCCUA